AUGGUAAUUCGUGGAUGCAUACGCCCCGCAGGGACACAGACCGGUGUCAGAUCUGAUAGGCUGACAAGUUGGCCAAAGCCGCCACUUGGAGAGCCUCCAGCUCUGUUGUCCACGGAGCAGAAGUCGUCCAAACCUGCUGAAUCGGAUACUGCAAGAAGUUUCGACCGAUGGCAUGUCUCAUUCCGAGUGCCACUCGGAAUAGUGCUGUUUAUGCUAUUUGGCAUCGCUUUUGCAUUGGGACACCACCUUUACUACAACGCUCUGGACGGCCAGCCGGUCAUACAGGGAACUCAAGAAUGGGCGAUUCGAAUUGGAACCGGUCUUGCAUUUCUGGCCAAAGCAUGUCUCAUUGCUAGUGCAGCCAUAUCGUGCAUGCCUCUUGCCGCAAUCACGCCCCCAGCUGCUCUGACAGCUGCAGUCUCCGUAUCCCAAGAGCGACUGGCGUCCUCUGUUCCCAUAGUUUCCUGGCGAAAUGUUAGUUUUGCCAAUACCGGUGGUCGAAAUGAAUUCUAUGAUGCGGGUCAAAACCUCUAUCGAGUCGUCACCAGCUCAGCAUACAGUGGCACCAUCCUUCCAAUGACGCCUCUAUACCCAAACUAUACAUACCCACUUACCUUCCAGGGACCGAAGUUAAGGUGCGGCGAUGUGACAAACCAGACUCUGUUCGACCUGGCGCACCUCAACCCAUCCCCCGAAUCAAUGGACAUAAUAGGUUACAACGCAACCGUUCCAUCAGAGGAGGUCCAAUACCCAUUCUUGCCCCGGGAGAACAGGUACGACAUAUGGUUCUUAACGCCAACCCGCAACUUCACCUGCGAGAUGUGGAAUGUCACAUACACAGCAACAUUCUCCUUCACCAACGGCGAGCAGAGCAUCGCUGUUACCGAUGCCAAGUACGACCACCGUUUCGUGGAGCCAAAAGAUCUUCCUGGAGAUUUGUGCCCGUACGAUCUAUGUUCGUAUAAAGCGUGGUACAAGGCAGUUUCAGCAAUGCUCACCGGCCAGGCGAGCCAAGGAGGCGCCUACAGCACAUUUAAAUCGACAACCCGCGUCUUGCAAACAGCGCUGAUAGGAUGUCCGGAGAUGAGCACUGCAGCGGCCAUGUCGAAUAUCGUGACACAAGGAUGCCCCGAGCCAUCUCUCGAGCGAGCUGUUGAAGCACUCAGUCAGAAUGCUACCUUGAGUUUAUUCGGCGCAUUGCCAUCAGUUUACUUUCCCAUUGGAAAAUUCGACAUGUAUGGCCGUAUAGCCAACGCUACUGUUGCCGCGGUCACCACUACGCGCGCUAAUCUUACGAUCUCUACGACACAUCUCAUAUACAACUACAACGCGCGCUCACUACUACUACCUUACUCUGCCGCCGUCUUCACAACCGUUGUUAUCCUGAUUGCGGGAUUGUACGCCCUUUGGUCUAAUGGUGUCAGCCAUACAAGUUCGUUCUCGGGACUUGUUCGAACGACGCGGAACAAGGAUCUUGAUGAUUGGAUGCGGGGUCAUUGCCUAGGCUCAGAUCCUGUAGAUAAGGAUGUUGCGGUGCAGAAGCUACAGUAUGGCUUGUUGAAUGUUGACAAGCACGGCGAAGGGGAUGUGGCGGGUAGUGUACCACAUGCGGCUUUUGGGUUUCCGGACACGGUGACUAGGCUGAAGAAAGGAGACCAGUGCGCUAGAUGCACCGCCCAGGCAAAGCCACAAAUGUGA